GGCUUCGAUGAAUCGUAUCCGACGCCUCACCUCGAUUACUCUCCCCGCACCUCCUCUCUCUGUCCGCCGUCCCCCUCGAGAUCUCCGCCGCGCGCCGGGCCAUUGCCGCUGCCAUUCCACCCGCCCCACCCAUCACCAAUGGCCUCGCCCGCGACCCUCCCGAUCUCUAACCAGUCUGCCGGCGGCGGAUCUCAGUCUCAGCCCCAAAUCUCCACCCCCGCCUUCCGCGUCUUCAUCUCCCGCCUCACCUCCUCCGUCCGCCAUGGCCUCUCCCAGCGCCGCCCGUGGUACGAGCUCGUCGACCGCACCUCCAUGGCCCGCCCCGAAAACCUCACCGAGGCCGCCUCCCGGAUCCGCCGCAACUUCUCCUACUUCAAGGUCAAUUACGUUGCCUUCCUCGCGCUCGUCCUCGCCCUAUCCCUUGUCACGCACCCUUUCUCUCUCCUCGUCCUUCUGUCCCUGCUCGCCGCCUGGCUCUUCCUCUACCUCUUCCGGCCGUCCGAUCAGCCGCUUGUGCUCUUCGGCCGGACGUUCUCGGACCGCGAGAUCUUAGGGUUGCUGGUGGUUAUGACCAUCGUGGUGGUUUUCUUGACGACCGUUGGAUCUCUGCUGAUCUCUGCUUUGAUGAUCGGGCUGGCGCUGGUGUGCGCGCACGGUGCUUUCCGGGUUCCUGAGGACCUGUUCCUGGACGAUCAAGAGCCUGCCAACACAGGAUUCCUCUCCUUCCUCGGCGGUGCCGCCUCCUCUGCUGCCGCAGCAGCUGCACCCGCCGUCGCUGCACGGGUGUAGAUCGGGUUUAGGUGCAGAGCACGUGAAAUCGAUUCAUUUGAGAGUUGCAGCUGGUCAGAAUUCAUCUGAACUCCUCAUAUCUUGGUAGGAAAAGGAAGUAUGAAUUCAUUUUUCGCCGUUAGGGUUUCAUGAGAUGUGCUUCUAAUCCGGUUUAGAAUGAGAGGUCAGAUCUGUAACUCUGUAGCAUUUUGGGGCUGAAUCUGACAGAUAUCCGAUAUGAAAAUUCUAAGCUGCAAAAUCUGCAUUUUGCUCUGGAUCUUUUAUGUUUCAUAUUUUUCUGCUUUUGUUUGUUAUCAUUAAGCAAUAUAUGCUGACGGGUAUGUCCAUUCGACCCGCUUCGUUCA